AUGCAGACUUUCGGACCUGAAUACACGCAGUUCGCGGUGGCCGCCCUUACGAAGGGCAUCGCAGAACUGAGUCCUGACCAAGUGCACCGUAUGCUAGAAUGGAGGUAUCCUGGUAUCUUGUACCUCUGGCACGCGUCGAUCAAUCAGAUUGUACUAUCGACAGCAGUACGAUAUUUGCUUUACCAGAACUCGCCAUUUUCAGAUUACUCAGACUUUGUACUGCCCGUGCCCUUUACAGCAGAAAAACCGCUCUCGGGCAUUGUGCCCUUGCAGAACCUUGAAUCUGCCGUCAGUUUGGCAGAGGAACCAGAACAGUCCGCACCGAACCCUGCUGUCAGUCUGGCAGAUGAACAGCCCUUUAAUCACACAGAACCUCCGCCCCCUCCGCCUACUCCACCAGUUCAGCCUUCUGUAGUGCCUGCCCCGGCUGCUCCGGCUACUCCGACGACCAUCGUGAUGAUUCCAGACCGCGAUACCCGCCCCUGGUACCUCAAGGGCCCCUGUUUUCGACGAGAAGAACGCGACAGAAUUCCUUAG